UUCUUGAACUCAGCAGAUUGAUUUUUUCUUUUUUUUUUUACACUAUCAUUUUUUUUUUCACUGCUUCAUUCUGUGAUCGUAAUUUGUGAACUUUUCAUACUGUCCGACUCGAAAAUAGUUGAGUUUGUCUACAAAUACUCAAUAAAAUUAUCAAUACUAUUCUUCAGGUGUUGAGUGAAAAAGCUGAUUACAAAGUGUGUUCACAAUCAUGGCAAGCUAUAACAAUCAACAAGCCCAAAAUGCAUUUAAAAAUGAUGGCUCAUUCCUAGAAAUAUAUCAACGUUUACAACAACAACAACAACAACAGCAGCAAAAAGCCAAAUUAGCAGAACUACCAAUACUUGAUCUACAAGUAUCUCAAACUUCAUCUACUCCUUCUGCUGCUUCUAAUUGUUCUACUACUACUACUACUACUUCUACUACUUCGGCAGUUGCCUCUGAAAAACGAUCUGAAACUCUUAAAACAAUGCCAAUAAUUGGCAAACGUAAAAAUAAAGCGUUAAAAACAGGUGUGGUUAAAAAGAUUAAACCGGACGAUGAAAAAAAAUUAUCUAAACCUACGGACGCUUGGUCAUUGUAUUUAGAUGAAGUUAAACGUUACCAAGAAACAGUGGGAGAACAGGAUAAUAAAACUAGACCUCUUGUAAAAUAACUAGUAAUAAAAUCCUGCUGUAUAUAAUAUAUUUGUAAAUAAAUACCAUACUUUUGCAAUAAAAUACAAAUUAAUGAUAUGUCUAUGUUUAAUCAGAAAUAAUUACUUACCAAAGUUGUUAAACAGUUUUUAACAGAAUUGCUUUGAUUGUUACUUUUUUUAAUAAGUUAUAAAAUUAUAUAAUUGUACA